ACAACGAUUGAACCCACUUACCUUGCUCUCCUCUGAAACCCCCUUUCCCACCAGAGGUACUGGACUAAAUUGUUUUCCUCAAGUGAUCUUCACCUUUCCAUCGGGAAAUCAAACUAGGUUCUAAUCCAUCCACGCCCUUUGUCAAGACCACCACCCAGUUCCUUAAGCUCAACGGAGAUGAAAGCAUUCAGAAAAACUUCGGUCCCCAACAAGUCCCGAGACUAUUCGCCAUCUUUUUCCUCCACUUCCUCUGCUUCGUCUUCGUCUGCUCAUCAAUAUUCCCAAAAGCAGCAUGAUUUUCGAGCCUCUGGAAAGUCAUCCAAAGGUUAUCCUUCACCCGAACCAAAUAAAUCAAAGCCCUCUGAAAUAAUCAUUCGUGCCCUCAAACCAUACUCUGCGCAAACGACAUCGGAGCUCUCAGUGAAACCCGGCGAUUUCCUGCAAGUCGUUGGUGAAGCAUGGUCACCUCAAGGAUCUGGUUGGUUUGAAGCCACCGAGCCCCUCACAGGAGCUCGUGGACUGGUACCCAUUAAUCUGUUUCAAAUCUUCUCUUCGGGAGGUUAUCAGCCGAGCCCACCUUCGAAAUCAGUCAAGCCAUUGAACUUCAAAGACAAGAAUCCCGAUGCACACAUCCCUACGAAUUCUAAUCCACGAGCCCAAAAGUCAACAAGAGGUCCGCAUCAGUCGCAUCCUUCCCUCCCUUCGGCGCGACCAACUGGAGAUUCUCCUCCCAACAAACCUCCCGCACCACGUCAGCCUUUGUACGGAGUGGUUCGUUACGAUUUUCAUCCAGAACGCAACGACGAACUGCUGGCGAAGAAAGGAGAAGCAAUUGUAUUAAUCGCACAUAGCCAUCGUGACUGGUUUGUAGCCAAGCCGAUUGGGAGACUUGGAGGACCUGGUUUGAUCCCGGUCUCUUACGUCGAGGUCAAAGAUUUGGCAACUGGGAAGGGCUUGAGAACGGAUGCGGUAAAAAAGUUGAUGGAGAGUGACACUCUGCCAGGUGUUGACGAAUGGAUAAGAGCUACGGCAGCUUACAAAGGCAACAGCAUUCCACUUGGACGCUUUGAGAACCCAACAGCAACCUCGACACUUUCUCAAAAUAUCUCGCCAACCUUGCGACGCGAAAUGACUAAAUCUCAUCAACAAUUGAGGUCAAAACCUGCGGAAAUUGACGAGGAAAUUCCUCGCCCCCCACGAACAAGCCUUUCACAGUCCGUGAGGCAAGACACAAGCCUCAAUUCAUCUCAACUAGUUGAUAUUCCCGUUCCAUCCUCUCAGUCAAUCGAAAACAACACUUGCUGCUCUGAGCCCAUCCAAUCGCCACAAUCGGCGCAAAUGUCAGCAAGAAUCCCAAGCUACGAUCCCAGAGUUGACCAUGAGAUGAAAGAUGAAGCAGUCCAGCCUGGUCAAGGCAGUUCAACUUCUGCCAGUGGCGAAGAUGGUUACGCAACGGUGGAAGAUCUUCGGGAGCGUUAUGGACUCUUUACUCAUGCCACUGUUGAAUCAUUUCACAAGGAAAAUAACGAGUAUUGGUUCCAUCUCCGUUCACAUUUCAACUGCCCAUCGACCACGCAUUCAUCUGGUGAAGAGGCAACCACUCUGGUGCUCUACCGUCUGUACGAAGAUUUUUUUGAUUUUCACGCAGAACUUUUGGACCUUUUUCCUGAAGAGGCUGGUCGAGAGAACUAUGACCGACCAAGCAUAUUUCCUAGGCUGCCUGAGCCCAAAGAAAGCGUCGACGAUCUUAUAUGUUCGGAAAGAGUCAACACACUCAGCAUCUAUCUUCAAGAGCUUGGCAAACUUCCUUCCUACAUCCGCGAUAGCGAAAUCUUCUACGAAUUUCUAGGCCCGAGGGAAGGCGAUGUCGAACUUCUAGAGGAGAUGACCUCCAGUCUUGGAUCGGAAGAUAGGCAUUUGUCUGAAGAAAUAGAACACCUCAACUCAUCCGAUCCUAACUCCCACGGGAUUCGUGAGGCAGUGGAGUCUGAAGCUGGAAAUCUAUCAAGUCAGCCGCUUAAUUUCACAUCCGGCUCACCCAAGAGAAUCUCCCGACACAAGUUACGCCUGUCGAGUGCACCCCAAAAAAACUGGGUAGGGACACCUGAGCCCAAUUCAGCUUCCCUUCCUCUCACGCCUUCGUCUCAGACACCCAAGCCGCAGGGAAGAACUCAUUCAUCCAACUUCUCCUCGUCUUCCACCGGAUCAUUCAUGGACAGCCUGUCCACACCACUCGCCACCAGCCAUUUUCCGACAAUCAUAAACGAUGGAUCCCCUCCAAUGCCAUUCUACCGGAUUAAAGUCUACCAAGAAAAUAAUCCUGAUGUGAUUGCAAUAAAAGCAAGGCACGGUAUGUCGCGUGCCCAAUUGCUCGAAAAAGUCUUCGAAAGAGUUCAGGCCGUAGCUUCUGGUUCAUCAACACCAGAUCAGCAAGUUGGCAAAUUACACGUCAAAGAUGAAACAAAAGAUGGUAAAGCCUGGAAAGAAUUGGAAAGUGAUGAACAGUUGAGCCAAUGGCUGGUCGAAUUUCAAAGCCGUUUGGUACUACUCUACAGCCCGGCAGAUUGAACUAACAAGAAUACAGCAACCCUGCCCAAGUAGAUGACACGAUAAGCAUUGAUAUCCACUCUCGGAAUAAUCACUGGAGAUCGCCGAAAUGGAUUCCUCUUUUCUUGAUUGAAUUUAUUGUCUGAUAUUUCAGCGCAAGGAAGCAGAUUUCAAAGGUGUUUUCUUACUCGCAAAAACCCAACUGUUUUUUUCUCCAAUUCACUAUGAUUACUUGGGAUAGUUUUUUCUUUCACUCAAAAAAAAGCCACAAAAACACAAAUAAAAAAGCACAUCUCAUUGCUUUGGUAUGAUGUAUAUAUAUAUACUCUUCCAAACACAAGCCCAUCUGAUUUUCAUGUCUAAAUCUUCUUCUAACACUGGUAGAUAUUUGCUUUCUUGAAAAUUGUUGUAUUCAUGAGAUUUCUGGAUUUGCAGUGCAUUGAUGAAUGUUUUUGGAAUUGUAUGGUUUUCAAUUAUCAUUCCAUUCAAGGGGUUUCAA